CCCCGCUGCCCGCCCAUUGGCUGCGGAGCCCGGAGACCCCGCCCCUUCCGGGCCACGCCCACGUGGUGACCACGCCCACGUGUCGCGCAGGCUCCUCCUCUGCACGUGGAGGCGGGGCAGAACUGGGAGCACUGGGAUAUACUGGGAGCUCUGGGCCGUAGUGGGUGGGGGCUGAGAGGUGACUGGGCAGGUAGUUCUGUGCUGGGGAGCACCGGGCCGUGGUGAGACUGGACUGGGGGGGUCACUGGUUCCUGAGUGGGACCAUACUGGGAGCACUGGGAUGGACGGGGAGGCACUGGGCCAUGCUGGGGUCAGGUUGGAAGGUUGCUGGUCUAUUCCGGGGGAACACUGAGCCAUACUGGAGCAUGCAGAGCUGUGCUGGGAGGCACAGUGCCAUAAUGGGGGGUAUUGGGAUGUACUGGGGAGGUGCUGCACCCCACUGGGCCGUCCUGGAAGGGGCACUGGGCUGUACUGGGGAAACUUAGAGCCAUCCUGGACGCUUCUCCUUGGCCAUGGCAAAUGGGUGUCCUGACGCCCACUGGCCUGACAAGGGACUGGAGGGGGUGCAGGGAGGAGGGACACCCUGAGCUCCACCCUGGGACCCUCCGCUCCCCAUCCCCAGGCUGGACGUGCCACGAUGACUGCAAGUAUGAGUGCAUGUGGCACACAGUGCGGCUCUACGUGCAGGGCGGCCGCCGCGUGCCGCAGUUCCAUGGCAAGGAGCCAGCCUCUGCCUUCGCCUCCCUCCUCAACGGCCUGGCCAGCUUCCUGAUGCUGCUGCGCUACAAAGCUGCCGUGCCCCCCACCUCCCCCAUGUACCCCACCUGCGUCGCCUUUGCUUGGGUCUCUGUCAAUGCCUGGUUCUGGUCUACCGUCUUCCACACGCGGGACACGGCUCUGACAGAGAAACUCGACUACUUCUGCGCCUCAGCCGUUGUCCUGCACUCCGUGUACCUGUGCUGGGUCAGGACAAUGGGGCUGCGGCGGCCGGCCUUAAUUGGCAUCUUCAGAGCCUUCCUCCUCCUCUUCCUCGCCUGCCACAUCUCCUACCUGACGCUCGUCCGCUUUGACUACGGCUACAACAUGGCUGCAAAUGUGGCCAUCGGGCUCCUCAACCUGCUGUGGUGGCUGUGGUGGUGCCUGCGGAACCGCCCCCGCCUGCCCCACGUCUGGAAGUGUGCAGUGGUGGUGCUGCUGCUGCAGGCGGGGGCUCUGCUCGAGCUCCUUGACUUCCCUCCUCUCUUCUGGGUGCUGGACGCCCACGCCCUCUGGCACAUCAGCACCGUGCCCCUCAACAUCCUCUUUUACAGCUUCCUGGUGGAUGACAGCCUCUACCUCCUGAAGGCCAACUCGGACCUCUCCAAAGUGGACUAGAGCAGCAGGGGGGGAUGAAACACUGCAUGCCCCCCCAGGGCCCUGCCCCUACAUGUGCCAAACAAAUUCCUCCCUCCCCCUCCCCAUACCCCCUGGCCGUGGACUCCCUCUUCCCCCUGCCUUCUGAGAUGUGCUUUCCUUUCUAUCACUCUGUCCUGUGUGGGGGCCGAGAGCCCCUCUCUGGGAGAAGUUGGGGGGACUGGACCCCCUUGGCUGCUGAUGCUGAGCCAAUUUCUCCUGCUGUGGAUCCCGUGAGGUGGCAGUGGCUGCUUUGGCUGCGCUGCUACCAGGUGUGGGGGGGGAAAUGUGGGUGUCUGGGGGAGGCUGAGCACAGAAGGGGUCCCCUGGAGGGGUGUGAUAUGGUGCCUGGGUAUGCUGGUGCCUGGGGGACGGGGGAGGGAUGCUGCCUUGCCCAGCCCUGCUUGCUGCUGGGUGGCUUUUUGGUGGAGGGGGGACAGUGCAAUGUGUGGGGUCAGAGCGGUGCCUUGGGGUGGGGGGGUGACCCCUGUGCAGCCCUUGGGGAGCGCCCUGGGGCUGUGCCCCCCACCCAGCAGGGUGCAGCCCCCCAGCAGGGUGUGCCCUGUGCUGUGAAUAAAGCUGGAAUUCAAUCUGUA